GAGAAUAUCAGUAAAAGGAUCAUGAAAAAUGUUUGCAAUCUCCUCAAGUUCAAAGUCAUAUUAAGAAGUGGAAUUUUAAGGUCUCUUCCUCACCGAAAAUUGAUUGAAUUGAGGUUUGAACGUCAUCUUCUAUCAGAGCCAUUGUCUCAAUGAUGUUGCAAGUGGCGGCGUUCCUGCCUUCAUAAACGGGAAAAUAGACGCCCUUCAUAAACGGCAAAAUGGUUGCCCUGCAUACACGGCAGAAUGGCCUCCCUUCAUCAACGGCGAAGUAGCCGCUCUUCUUUAAAUAGCGAAAUAGUCGCCCUUCAUAAAUGACAUCGGUAGGGCUUUGUAUUCACAUGACUAAAACAAAGUUCUUUAUAUCGGUGCCACCAACCCAACAAAGGGCCCCAAGCAGCACCGACGAGCGAAAAUCAGCCUAAUUCUCUAUAUCGUUGCCACUAACCCAACAAGGGCCCCAAGCAGCACCGUCGAUCGAAAAUUGGCCUAAUUCUUCAGAUCGGUGCUACCAACCCAACAAAGGGCCCCAAACAGCACCGACGAGCGAAAAUCGGCCUAAUUCUUUAGAACGGUUCCACCAACCCAAUAAAGGGUCCCAAGCGGCACUGGCAGCCGGCAAUCAGUCAAAAAUCGUCCUCUUCAAUUAAUGGUGCCAUGAGCAAAUCACUUGAAACCGCAAGAAAUCGGGUCUCCUUAUUUGACAAAGAAAGCCCAAGUCUCAAAAGGGAGAGGAUUAAAAAAACAGGGGGUUGCUUUGUUUCUAAAAGGAAAUAUAGCCGCAUGGCCCGAAGAUUUUAAAAUGGAAAUAAAAAGGCCCGAUAUAAAUUCACAUGGCCCAAAGUUUUUAAUCACUCCAUCCAGCUAAGCAACUCCAAGGCAUCUCCCCCUCACGCAGGGACCAGAAGGCCUGAGAUUCUUUAUCCUCCAACCUUCUUCUCCGACGAACAGCAGAGAAAUCGAAAAAACCCUCCUUCGGUCCGUCGCUCACAAUCAGAAGAGGGAUCGCUGCAGAACAUCCUCGUGCAACGGCAAAAUCGAUCGAGCUUGACGGCAGACAUAAGCGCGAAACAGUAUCUUCUCUCCAGCGAGCCAUGAACGGCGCCAGCAAUGAAAAUCAGCCAUGUCAUCUUCUUCGGCGAAGACGGAUUUUCGAACUACAAUGGGGCAAGAGCGACGAGGUGAAUCUGGAAGAAAUUGGCAGCAUCCGCAGCAAUCGACCGAGCUCUCGUCGGCAAUCUGCAGGAAAGAAAAGUCUGCUGCAGUUUCUUCUCCUCGCCAGAAAUCAGCGUCAAAUUCAGCCAGGUUUUUUCUUCGGACCGGCAACAAAAUCAGCCCCAUCAUCUUCUCCAGCGAGCAACACCACCAAAAGAUCACCAGCAAUCCGCCAAACACCAACUAGCUCUCGUGUACAGCGGCUAAUUCCUUCAACGAUGGCACCAACUAGCUUUCAACACCGACUAGCUUCCGCAGCAUCCGACACCAGCAAUCUGCCAAACACCAACUAGCUCUCGUGUACAGCGGCAGGUUCCUCCAACAACGACACCAACUAGCUUCCAAAACACCAACUAGCUUCCAAAACCAACUAGCUUUCAAGCUCUGAUCUGAAUUAGCUGCCAGAACAAGAACAGACCACUACAGCCGCGGAAGAAUCUGGCGGCAGAACAGAUGUUGAUCGUUGUCCACCGGAUGAGGUAAAUUUGGUGUGGUAGGUGUUUCUUCCUAUGAAUUUCCCCUGCAAAACACUGAAAGAAGGAAGAAUAAAAAAAAUGAUGACAGAAGAUUACCUUAUGCGGCCCUUCCUUGCUCUAUGGACUAUGGAGUUGCUGAUCGAAUUUUAGAAUUUGAUGCGGAAUUAUAAAUAGAGUGCCUUACAGGUUGAUGUUGCCCCUAUUUAUAAUCGAUAAUGAAUCGGGAUCCCACGCCAAGAGAAAGAAUUCAGUUGGGAGUAUACUAGUGUUUAAAGGCGGUGAUGAGAGUUCUACUAGGACUUUAGUUUGACAACCGUAAGUUGCUUGGUUGAGAUAUUUUUGCAAGGAUGAGAUAUUUUGAGUUAGAGGAGGGAUCAAUGUUUGAUUCAUGUUUGGGAAAUAUACGUGGAAAUAAUUUUGCUGAUGAUUAUGUGGGCUUGCUCAUUAUUCGUACUU